UCGCACGACUGCGAUAUCUUCCCCUCGCGAGUGCGACAGCGCAACGUGGCCAUGUGGCUUCGACCGCGCGCGAUAUAAGGUCGAGGAUUCGCGCGAUUCCAUGCGAGCUCGCGCGACACGAAGCGCUGCCGGAUGACAACAACAACAACAACAUCGCAGCAACGACGGCAACAACAACGGCAGCAGCAGCGGCGGCGGGACAGGGUAUGAGCACGUUGUGCCCCGCGGCCGGGAAACUAGUCGAAUCUUGUUGCGAGUAACCGCGAAUGACACGACUGCUCUGAGAAUGCAGUCGCCAACGAGGAACGACGGCCUGCCGGUCGUCCUGCUGCUUCUGCUCGCCUCGGGCUCGCACUGCCUCGAAGUGAUAUACGCGAUCAACGCGGGCGGCGAGUCGCACACGGACAGCUACGGGAUACACUACGCCAGGGAUCCUCUCAUGAGCAAGGUCGGCACGGCCUCCGAUUACGGUAAGCAGCUCAUCAUAGGGCGUAUCGGCAACGUGGACCAGAUACUGUACCAGACCGAGCGCUAUCAUCACAACACCUUCGGAUACGACAUACCGAUCAGCCAGGACGGCAACUACGUCAUGAUACUCAAGUUCUGCGAGGUGUACUUCAACUCGCCGAACAUGAAGGUCUUCGACGUCGUGCUGAACGGCGAUCACACUGUGGUCACCGACUUGGAUAUCUUCGAGAGAGUCGGCCGGGGCGUCGCGCACGACGAGUACGUCCCGUUCAGGGUACAGGGUGGAAAGUUGAUAUACAAUGAUGAGGAGUCGGACAUUCUCGCGGGGAAGAUAAGAGUAGAAUUUAUAAAGGGUUACAGGGACAAUCCGAAAAUAAAUGCCAUAGCUGUUGUGAAAGGUGUUUUGGAUGACGUGCCGCAAUUGGGACCGAUACCGCCUGAUCCGGAGGACUACCAUGGUAUGCAAGAGGAGGAAGAAGAGACCACCUUGCGUAGCAGACACACGAGCGGGCCCAGGACGCCUGACCCGUACUCGAUAGACGAUUCGUCUGUAAUGUUACCUGUUUUUAUAGCCAUCGGCGCUUUCAUCCCAUUAUUGUUCUGUCUAUGUAAAUUAUAAGCGGUAACACACGCACACGUGCAUAGAAACGCCUUGUACUUAAACGGUAACAGUGUUCCCGAUUAUUUAGGCUCGCUCAGUUUACAAGAGGACGUCUAAAUAGUGUAAAUAAAUAAUCACUCGUCUAAGCUCCCUUGCGCCGCCAGAUUUAGCGCGUGAGAAUAUUUAUUAAUUUAAUAAAUAUAGAUAUAUAUAUAUUACCUGGGAUAUAAGUCCGCUUUCCGCACGUGAUUAUAGAUUUUUGAUAUAUUUUUAGGAGCAUUGUUUUCUCGAUGAACAUUGAUAUAAUUGUUCAUUUAAUUAUUCACCGGGUACUUUCUUAUAACCAGGUCUGAAUCAUAACUUAAGAUUAUACUAAUUCUUAAGCUCAUUCUUAGAAUUAGAAAAGUAAAUUUAGAAAAUUUACACAUACAAUUGAAUUAUUUCAUUUAUAGCUGAUAUAUUUGUUAAAAUCCUUCAGUUUCCAAUCGCGCGAGUUAAGAAAAAUGAUCGUUAUACCCAAGCAUUAAUAAUUGCUCCAAGAAUAAAUGGAAGUAUGUGAGAAUGGGACAUAUCUGGUGCAAAUUGUGCUUAAACAAAUCUCCAACCUUAAUUUCAGUGAUUCAAAUUUCUGACAAGUAGAUUCUUAUUGCUAGAGACCGUCUCGAUGAAAUUUAUUUAUGACUUUUUAGUAUGUAUUCUUACAUUUCUUGGCAACUAAGCUAUUAAAUUCCGAAAAAAUUACAUAAAGUAUUAUCGUUUAAUCGCGACAUUUUAACGUUUACAAAUCUCUUUUUCAUUUAAUGGAUUUUUUAAAUUAAAAAAAUGCUAAUUCGAUUUACAAUUGUAGGUCUAACAAACAAUCCCUUAGUAAAAUUAACGUUGGAGAUUCUGGGACACUCUGUAUACUUGUGCUCUGCGUAGCAGAUGUAUAUCUAAAACACAUAAAACUUUAAUAGACAACCUGAUUGUCCCGGAAGUCAACAUGUAAAAUUCAGAAAAUGGUCAUUUGUGCCAGUGAAAUUGUUUCAUCAUUGUUUUCCAUAUUUAUUCCGAACUCUUGUCUUAUAUGUAGGUACCUCGUGAUAUCACGAGCAUUUCCAACUGCUGUCAGCCAUCGAUUGGCAAAAGAAACGAAGGAAGUAUGCGUUUCACCGAAAUCGAAAUCGACUGUUACCUUAGUUCUUAGUAAUUACAACAAUUUGAUAUCAA